AUGGAGAUGGAGGCAUUCCCAUCCGUUAGCCCGGCUGUGGCCAAACCACGAGAGGUUCCUGUGGACUAUGCCAGGCCCAUCAAGGUCAUCUGCAUCGGUGCUGGCAUGUCCGGCAUUCUAUGUGGAAUCCGAUUCCCUCAGAAAAUCCCCAAUCUCCAGCUAACCAUCUACGAAAAGAAUGACGAGGUUGGCGGUGUGUGGUACGAGAACAGAUAUCCCGGUGUCACUUGUGACGUGCCUUCUCAUUGUUUUCAAUACACCUUCGCCAACAAUUCAAACUGGUCCAAGUUCUUCGCUCCUGGGGAGGAGAUCGGCGACUAUUUCCGCCAGGUGGCGGAAAAGUACGAGGUCAAGAAACACAUUCGCUUUGGCCAUCUCUUCAAAUCGGCACGAUGGCUGGACGAAAAGGCGCAAUGGGAGGUCAAGUUGGUUAGAAUGGCCGACGAGCUGGAGUUCACCGACUACUGUGACGUGUUUGUCAAAGCUACAGGCAAUCUGAACAAGUGGACAUGGCCCAAGCUGCCCGGGCUGGAAAAGUUCGAGGGAGAGUUGAUCCAUUCGGCACAUUGGAAGAAAUCAUUCGAUCCCACCGACAAACGCGUGGCAGUUAUCGGCUACGGAGCUACAGCGGUGCAGCUGGUUCCAGCAAUCCUCCCCCAGGUCAGGUAUAUGGAUCACUACGUGCGAGGUCAAGCGUGGAUCUCUCCUGCUGGCUACGUUGCCGCCGACUCCAGGAAGGCCAACAAUCCGGAUCUUCACAACUUCGACCACCCUCCGGAAGAAAGACAAAGAUUUGCCAACAACCCCGACGAGUAUCUCAGAUACCGCCACCAAGUCGAGGACUAUGUUAACCAGGCUCAGCUGAUCCACUGGGUCGGAUCGGACAUGAACAAGACAUUCUCCGCCGCCACGGAAGAAUCAAUGGCUCGCAGAUUGGCUCGCAAGCCCGAGAUCUUCAGACACCUGAGACCAACCUACCCAGUCGCUUGCCGCCGAGUCUCGCCGGGCCCAAGAUACCUCGAGAGUCUGGUAGAAGACAAGCUCAACUUCAUCCCCAAGGGCGUUAAACAGGUGACGGCGACCGGGAUCGUGGACGACGAUGGCACAUUGCGGGAAGUGGACGCCAUUAUCUGCGCCACUGGGUUCGAUACGUCGUUGAGACUGGACGAGACGCCGAUAUAUGGCCGGGAAGGAGUAUCGCUCGACGACCUCUGGCAGUCCGAGCCGGGCGCGUACAUGAGCAUGUGUCCGCCGCAGAUGCCCAACCUGUUUCUUUUCGUCGGCCCCAACGGCGCCCCAGGAGCUGGAUCGACCAUCCACAUGAGUGAAUGUGCCUGUGACUACAUGGUCCAAUGUAUCCAGAAGAUCCAAAGAGAGAAUCUACGCUGGAUGAUGCCCAAGGAGAAAUCCAUCCGUGCUUUCAUGAAGCAGGUCGAUCGGUAUUUUGCCAAAACCACGUUUGCGUUCACUUGUAAUAACUGGGCCAAACGAACCAGCAAUGGCAGGAUGUUGGGCUACUGGCCCGGCUCGGCGGUCCAUCAACGAGCCACAUUGGCAGUGCCGCGUUUCGAGGAUUUCGAAUAUUCCUCAUUUGAGGACGACGAAGAGGACUCGUUGGCGUGGAUGGGCAACGGCAUGAUCACGGCUCAGACCGAGAACAAGUCGACCACGGAUUACCUGGACUAUGUCGACAUACCACCACCGCCGCCGCCGCCGCCAUCAACAUCAACAUCAGCAUCAACAUCAGAACCAGCUCCUUCGUCAUCUUCGGCGUCCAGUCAAGCCACAACUCCUUUUUCAAUUGUGGAAGAAGUCUAUGUAGCAUGA